AUGUGGGAUAACCCAGGUGGCUUUAACAAGUUUCAGACUGAAUAUUCAGAGCACUGCGAGACGAACCUUGACAGCUCCUCGCCCAGCAACUCUCCCCCAGCAUCAGUCCUUGGCCUGGGAGGGCUGCGGAUUAGCUCUGACUGCUCGGAUGGCGAAUCCGACAGGGAACCCAGCAGUGCCACGGAGUCGGAUGGAAGCCCCAUCCCUAACAAUCAGCCUGCCUUUCCGGUCCAGAUCCUACCUUACCUGUACCUGGGCUGUGCCAAAGAUUCCACCAACUUGGACGUCCUGGGCAAAUACGGCAUUAAAUACAUCCUGAAUGUGACUCCCAACCUGCCAAACAUGUUUGAGCAUGACGGAGAGUUCAAGUACAAGCAGAUCCCCAUCUCAGAUCACUGGAGCCAGAACCUCUCGCAGUUCUUUCCCGAGGCCAUUGCUUUCAUUGAUGAGGCCCGUUCCAAGAAGUGUGGGAUCCUUGUUCACUGCCUCGCUGGCAUCAGCCGCUCUGUAACAGUCACCGUUGCCUACUUGAUGCAAAAACUCAACUUGUCCCUGAACGAUGCCUAUGACUUUGUGAAAAGGAAAAAAUCCAACAUUUCCCCAAACUUUAACUUCAUGGGCCAGCUCCUGGACUUUGAGAGGACUCUGGGACUCAACAGCCCUUGUGACAACCACUCGCCCAGCGAACAGCUCUAUUUCACCACCCCCACCAACCACAACCUGUUUCAGCUGAACACUCUGGAGUCCACAUGAAGGGGAUGCCGCCAGGUCGGGAACUCGAGCAUCGAAUCGCUUCUCUUGAGCAUUUCAACUCUUACAAAAGUAUCUGUCUUGCCAGGCAGCUCUGAAACGACUAGCUUCUCUGGGCAGAGGUGCCUGAUCGCUGCUUUAAGAAGGCUAAUGCCGUUCGUUAGUAUGCUGAUCAAAGUGGUUUGAAGAGGUAGUCUUUUUACAGGGGGUUAUUUAAUACGGGCGAUGUUACAGCGUUUUGAACGCAGCUGUUACCGGCAAUAACCGCUUUCCUGGGUGCAUUGGGACUGUCAGAGCACGCACACGUGUGAAGAGCUACCGGGGGUUAGCUUGCUGUGGAAAGUGAGGAGAUUUAUGCACUUGGAAACCUUGAACAAAAGGUGUUGGGCCAAGACUGUUUUAAAACCCAAGUUUACUUUUUUUUUUUUGAUUUAAAAAAAAAAGGUAGAUCUUACUUGAGCUUUGGGUUCAAACUCUUUUUAAAUAUGUAAGUUCCUGACUGUUUGUACAGACGAGGUUGCAAAACCAGUAUUUUAUUCUGUUUCUUGUUUGAUCAUUUAUUAUUUUUUUUUAAUCAAAUGUUUAUAUUGACCAAAUGCAUUUUGCACACUUUGUGAAGCCUUGAUAUGUCCUGGCAUAUUACUGGGUACUCCAGAGAGAGAUUACAUGCUGCUGCUGUUGUUGUUAGCAUCUGGUAGGAAGCUUUGUUAUGUGUGAAGGCCAGUUGGGCUUAAAUGCAACCCCUUCACCACUCCUGCACUCACAAUCACAAACUCUGCACUGAUUCAGCCAAGGUGACUAAGCCGCAAGCUUUUUUUUUUUUUCUCUAAUGCCACCCCUGCCAAAAACACUGUUUGCUGUUGCCAGAGGUAAAACUCUUGUAGCCUCCAGAGUUGGUAGAAGCAUGUGUGAGCCCAGCUUCGUUCUCUGCUGUCUGUUGACUGGCUUAAUGUCAUCCAGCUGGCCCGAAACCAUUCCAGCAUCCCGAGUACUGAAGGUAGCUGUGAUGUUGGCGUUUCUCGUGCACACUCAAUUCUUUCCCACGUGUGCGGGGUGGAGGGGGGAAGCACAGCGAGUGCCUGGAGCAGAGUGAGGAUUGUGUAGCGGGACGGGACUGAAUCGUCACGCACAGAGCGUGUGAGGGGAGUGAAGAGAUGUGGAAAUGAUGACAAGAGCGUUGUAACAGAGAAUUUUUUUAUAUAUAUAUAUAUGAAUAUAUAUAUUAACUGGCAAAUUCUGAGAUGAUUGGAGCUUUCAACAGAGGUUCUGAUUUUUUUUUUUUUUCUUCCUCUUUCGAAUA